AUGUUAUUAAUUGAUAUAUUAUUGAUUGUCAACUAUGUUAUUGGUAAGGAAUAUGAUUGUAUUACAACUAAUUCAGACUGUAUUGUUGAAUUUAACAGUCAGACUCGAAAAACGCAAUUCCAAUGUAAGGAGUUUGAUAAAAUAAAAAACUACUCAUAUCUUUUUAAACAUGAUUAUACUUUUUCAACAAAUGUCAUAAGUUGUAAAAGUAUGACUUUCGAGGGUAGUUUAUCUAUAAUAAAUACAGGAAAUUAUUGGAUAAAUGUGUCUACUGUAGAGUUUUUAGAAAACUCUCAAAUUGAAUUUCAUGCUAAUUUAGAAUCAAACACUGAAUUUAUUUUUGGGGCUAAUUCAAAGGUGAUGUGGUAUGGCAGUCUUUCAUUUCAACAACUAGUUAAAUUUAAAACAACUCCAUCAUUAAAUCAACCUCAAUUAAUUAUUUGGAAUAGUAAUUGGAUACAUCUUUACAAAACAACUACAACACCAACAUAUAAAGGAUUUGAAAUUAUAAAUCCAGGUGGUAAUAAACAAUGUUUUGAUGUGAUGUCAUUUAAUAAUAACAAUGCACUUGAUUUUGAUAAAAAAUCAGAUAAUCAUUAUUUACCAAAAGACUUUGAUAAAGGACUUAGUAUGAGAUUUGGUAAAGCAUAUUUACUAUCAAACAAGAAAUUAAUGAGAUUUUGUCCAAAUGGAAUUAAAUUGAAUAAAACUGUUAUUUGUACACUAAAUGAUAUGACUUAUUCACCAUCAUCAUAUUCAGGAAGAGGUGAUUAUAUAUUUAAUUAUCCACAUUGUCCAUGUGAUGAUAAUAGAACUGAAUGUAUUCUUAAUAUUCAAUCAAGUUUAGAAUCAGUAAAUUUUAACAUAGUUAAUAUCAGCAAUACAAUUCUUCAUAUUGACCAUGAAAUUACAUUAUUUAACUUUGAGUAUGCUAAACAAAUUAGUGUUGAUGAUAAUGUUCUAUUAAAAAUAGGUUCACUUACAUUAAUCAACGAGUACAAACAAAUGAUAAAAUUUAAUAAUUUUGAAAUUACGAAUAUUAGAAAACCAAGUAUUAGAUCACAAUUUAAAUACAAUUCAGAAACAAAUACAUUAGAAAUUGAUGGAAGUAACCACAUAAAACAUUUAUCAAAUCCAUCAAAUACACCAUUCAAUUUAAUUAUAAAUGGUAAUCUCACUUGUAAUUCUUUUGUUAGUGAUUGUAUUUAUUAUUUCACUGCUUCUUCUACACCAACAACACUAACUAUUAAAGGUAAAGGUAAUAAUAAUAUUAUGACAAUUGAUGAAAAUAUAAUACUAAUUGAUCCAUUUCCAAAUUGUAUUAUUUUAACUGGUAAAUCAAAUGAAGAAUUUAAAUGUAUUAAAUGUAAAAAUGGAUAUUCUCUUAAUUCAAACAAUAAAUGUCAAAAAAAUUCACGUUGUAUUAAAUUAAAUAAUCAAAACCAUUGUAUUGAAUGUGCAUAUGGAUAUUAUCUUAAUUCAAUACAAGUAUGUACUAAAAAUCCGAGUGGAUGUAAAAUUGGAAAUGAAACACAUUGUUAUCAAUGUGGAGAAGGAUAUGUCAAUGAAAAUGGAGAAUGUCAAGAAAUGAAUAAUUGUAAGAAGUCAGAAAGGAAUUAUUGUUUAAAAUGUUCAAAUGGAUAUAAAAUAGAAAAUAAUACAUGUGUUAAAGAUAAAGAAAAAGAAUGUUAUUAUGAAGGAAAUGAAUGUGUUUCAUGUUCAAAUGAAUAUACAUUAAAUAAUGGAAAAUGUGGAAGUAAAGAAAAUAAAAAUGGAAAGAAUGAAGAAAUAUAUUGUGAAAAUGGAAAAUACAUCAAGGAUAAUACAUGUAUAGAAUGUACAGAAUCAGCAAUAUGUAAUUCAGAUGGUAUUAAAUUAAAAUGUAAAAAUAACCAACAAUUAGAUAAUAAUACAUGUAUAAAUAAAACAUGUGAAGAAGGAAAGAUAAAAGAUCAAAAUGGAAAAUGUAAUUCCAAUAUUUCAAAUUGUUCAAAUGAGUUAUAUGUUAAUGGAAAAUGUGUUGAAUGUUUAACAACAUAUUCACCUGAUUCAAAAGGAGAAUGUAUUAAUACAACAAUAGAAAAUUGUGAAGAACAAAAUACAUAUGGAUGUAAACGAUGUUCAGAUGGAUAUUAUUUAACAACAAAUAUGAAAUGUUCAAAAUGUGAUGAUAAUUGUACAACAUGUUAUGGUUCAUCUACAUAUUGUAUGAGUUGUUCUAGUGAUAAAUAUUUAAGUAGUAAUAGAACAUGUCAAUCAAAUAACGAAUUAAAUGGAACAUGUUUACAAUUAUUAGCAGAUGGAAGUGGGUGUGGAAUAUGUAAGAAAGGAUAUUAUAGAAAUGGGAAAGGAUGUUCAGAAUGUGAAGAAAAAUGUGCAACAUGUAAUCAAAAAGAUAAAUGUAUAACAUGUGCAGAUGGAUAUUUCAUGAGUUGGAUAGGAGAAUGUAAACUAACAACAGAAAUUAAAGGAUGUAAAGGAGAAAUAGAUAAAGAAUAUGGAUGUAGAGAAUGUUCAGAAGGAUAUUAUUUAAUAAAUAAAGAAUGUUCAAAAUGUAAAGAGAAUUGUACAAGAUGUUCAAUAAAGAAUGAAUGUAAUAGUUGUAGAGAUGAAUAUAUAUUAAAAAAUAAAGAAUGUAUUUACUAUUUAGAUAUUAAUAAAUGUAAAGAAGUAAAGAAUAAUAAAUGUUGGAAAUGUUCAUUUUGGUAUGGAACGAAUGAAGAAGGAAAUGAAUGUAAUAAAGAAGUAGUAUGGUGGAUGAUAAUGAUAAUUGUCAUUAUUAUAGUUAUUAUCAUUAUUAUAACAAUUGUAAUGAUAAUAAUGAUGGUUAAUUACAUAAUGAAGAGAAAAGAAAAGAAAGAACGAGAGAAAACAACAACAAUAUUCAAAAUAACACAAUCAAAUAUUAGAUUCAUAUCACUUGGAGAUGGAAUAUUAACAAAUAAGAAAGAAAUUGAACUUCAAGAAGGAGAAGAAAUUAAAGUGAAUGAAGAAAUACGAGAAUUAAUUUGUAUUGGAAAUGAUAAAAAAGAGAAGAUGAAGAUACAAAUAAGUAGUAAAGAAGAAAAUGAGAAAUAUUCAAUUAGAACAAACCCAAAUGUCAUUACAAUUGAAGGAGGAUAUGCAUGUGAAUUUGAAUUAUUCAUUACAAUCAAAUGUACAACUAAAAUCAAAGAUAAAAUAAUGAUAAUUAGUAAAACACUUAAUAAAGCACAAGAAGAAACAAUCAAAAGUAUUUCUAUUGAAGGAGAAACAGAAAUAUCAACACGACUUGAUCCUGAUGAAAUAAAAGAAGAAAAGAAAAUAGGAGAAGGAUCAUUUGGAAUUGUUUAUGUUGGAGAAUUUAGAGGAAAUAAAGUAGCAAUUAAGAAAAUGAAACAAGUUGAAGAAAGUGAAGAUAAAAAGAAAGAAUUUGAGAAAGAAGUAGCAAUGUUAGAUAAAUUUCGAGAUGAAUAUAUUAUUCAUUUUUAUGGAGCAGUAUUUAUUCCUAAUAAAAUAUGUAUGGUAACGGAAUAUGCAAAAUAUGGGUCAAUACAAGAUAUAAUGAAUAAAAGAAACAUCACAGAAAUAUCAAAGAAAAUACGAAUCAAAUUUAUGAUAGAUGGAGCAAAAGGAAUUUCAUAUCUUCAUUCAAAUGGAAUAUUACAUCGAGAUAUUAAACCAGAUAAUUUCCUUGUUGUAUCACUUGAUGAUAACAUUGAAGUUAAUUGUAAAUUAACUGAUUUUGGAAGUGCAAGAAAUAUUAAUAUGAUGAUGACAAAUAUGACAUUCACAAAAGGAAUAGGAACACCAAAAUACAUGGCACCAGAAGUAUUAAAUCGAGAACAUUACAAAAUGCAAUCAGAUAUAUAUUCAUUUUCAAUAACAAUGUUACAAAUCAUUACAUGGCAAGAUCCAUUUCCUAAAACAUUAUAUCCACAUCCAUGGCUAAUAGCAGACACAAUCACAACAGGUAAACGACCAAACAUAAUACAAGAAGUAGAAGAAGAUAUAAAAGAAAUUAUUGAAAAGUCAUGGCAACAAGAACCAAAAGAAAGAAUAACGAUAGAUGAAAUUGUAAGAAUGCUAGAAAAAAUUCAGAAUAGUAAGAACUAA